GUGAUAUGUUUUCGUAUCACAGAUACUUCAUUUCAGGCUACAACUGCAGAUGUUAAACCCAAUACUGAACCAGAUGGUAGAAACUGUAAAGCAGCGACGUGUUUCAUUGUCAUGGGCUGACUGCACCGGCCACAGAGGACAUGUUUUAAACUAGAAGAGGGAGCGCACCAUCACACAGCCAUGGGCAUUUGUUCAUCUGCUUGCAAGCUUUUGCGCAGGGUGAAGUACGUUUUCCUGAUCCUUCUGUCCCUGUCCGUGCUGGCAUGGAUUUCCAUAUUCUCAGGUGGCAGCGUGAAAUCAACACUGGUCCCGUCAGCGCCAACACAGCCUUUCAUUAAAGGAGAGGGCACUCAAGUUGUGACAAACUUGGGGACUUCAGCACCCUUUCACUUAAUUACCUCAACGCCAUUACAAGAAUGUCCUAAGGAGUCGCCACUGCUACAAGGUGCAGUGAAGCUGAACUUUCAGCCCUCCCUGAAACUGAAGGAGGUGGAGGAUGAGAACAAGCAGGUGACUGAAGGCCAGUAUCAGCCUUCCUCCUGCAGGGCCAGACAGAGUGUGGCCAUCCUCAUUCCCCAUCGCAACCGAGAGCGACACCUCCUCUACCUACUGCAUCACCUGCACCCCUUCCUACAGAGGCAACAACUCCACUAUGCCGUUUAUGUUGUACAGCAGGCCGGUGAUGCCACUUUCAACCGUGCCAAAUUACUGAAUGUGGGUUUCUUAGAGGCACUCAAAGACUACAGUUGGGACUGUUUCAUUUUCCAUGAUGUGGACCUGGUUCCUGAAAAUGAUCACAAUCUCUACAUUUGUGAUUCGCAACCCAAACACCUGGUGGUUGGCCGGAAUGCCACCGGAUACAAGCUGCAUUACAAAGGCUACUUCGGAGGAGUCACGGCGAUGAGCAGAGAGCAGUUCCGUAAAGUGAACGGAUUUUCAAACACCUACUGGGGUUGGGGUGGAGAAGACGAUGACCUUCGCAUCAGGGUGGAGUUGCAGAAAAUGAAGAUUGUGCGACCACCUGCUGCCGUAGCACGCUACACAAUGGUGUUUCACAAACGGGACAGCGGCAAUGAAGUCAACAAGGACAGGAUGAAACUGUUAAGACGAACCACACUAGUUUGGAAAAAGGACGGGUUGAACAGCUGCAAAUAUCAGACCAUGUCAGUGGAGAGAUUGCCGCUCUAUGUCAAUGUCACCGUAGAUAUUGGGAAGCCGUAGAGCUGACACUUCAAAUAAGCUCUGCUCUCUUUAAAGACAGGUGAAAAAAGUAUUACCUGACAUUGUGAGUUAGACAUCAUACAGUAUAACGCAGGCGAGUGCAGUUCACUUACGAAGACGCAGAAGUGAAAGCUCAAAUGUGUUCAAAUGUGCAAUAAAUUCACUUCGCAAUCUUAAAAGUAGUUUCUGUUUGGCAAUCCAACUGAUCAAAAAGAUGUAAGCCUCUAACAUUCUUGUUCAGCUCCGCAUAUGUCAAACAACACAUGUCCAAGGCCCCUCGUUGUGCAGUUCAAUUAUUGUCCAAAUGUUGUUUAUGCAUUCCUUUUAUUCAUUUCAAUUGUUAAGGUAUGUCGAGUUUGUGUCCAUGCUGUAUUCAGGACUGUGUAAGUUUUCAAGUACUGAAUGUGAAUCAUCAAAUUAUUUUUCUUUCUUUUUUUUCAAAGAUUGCCCUUUUUGAUCUUUCAUCUCCAUAUACUUUUCAAGUACAGAUUGCUCAACAUAUCCAUGACCAAAUGUCUGGCUGAACUCAAUGUUUGGACUCAAAACGUCAA